AUGGGAGGCGCAAUUUUCCAGCUGGUCGUCAGUGACGGUGACAUCAAGUUCUACGUAGACCUCAAGAACGGUGCUGGCGAAUGCGGCUUCUCUGAGCACGAGAAAGCGGACGUCACGAUCACCAUGGCGGAUGCAGACUUGGUUGCGAUGGCCGACGGGAAGUUGGACGGCAUGCAGGCCUUCAUGAGCGGCAAGCUCAAGAUCAAGGGCAACAUGAUGUUGGCGCAGAAGCUGGGCUCCAUCCUCGAGUCGGCGCAGUGA